AUGAUAACCUGUGCUUUCUUCCUCACAUUGCUAGUAAUUACAGUUUUUGGCGGCAAAAUUGAAGAGGAGGGCGCAAAUGUGCACAAAUCUAAAGAAAGCGCCAUUCGCAACUGUACUUUGAAAAAAUUAAGAGAAUCAGGCAGUAAUAACAUUAUUCAGGUAGAAGAAACCUCAGACUCAAGAAGAAGGUUUUCGAAUUUAAGAUUCAUCAAGCACAAUUACUUUUUAGAGAAAAGUCAUCAUGAUCAAACAGCAAGGCCUCCUGGAUGUCCUCCAUGCCGUAAGUUCUCACUAUGCUUCUCGUUUACACUCCGGCCUUAUCCUAAACACGCGAAACUGUAUGUGUCGAAGUGCCAAUCGUGAGAGCUAGGAGAUGAGAUCAUUAUAUUUGCUUGGACUCAGCAGUGAGACUUCAUUACUUUAUAUCAUCUACAAUUUCUCGUAGAGUAUAUUGCAAGGAAUCUUCUCUUGCAAUUCUUAUCGACAAGUUUGUUUUUGCUCUCUUUUGACGGAUUGAUUGGUCGAUUGACUGAUUGAUUGAUUAAUUGAUUGAUUGAAUGAUUAUUAUUUCUUCUUCUUAGCUCUUUUAGGAAAGCCAAGUCCAUGUAAGUAAGAUAAGUAUACACGUAUUUAUUUUGUUUUCAAAUAUUCAUUUUGUUAGAUUCGGUCAGGAUCUGAAGGAGUAAAGGUCACCAGAUACACUAUAGUGUGUGGUUGAUUGUUAGAGUUUGACGUUACAUUUUCAGAGUGGUAUAUUUUGACAUUUUGUUUGUUUUCAGUUUGCAAUGCUGAUAUGGACCUGGGAUUUGUGGUUGAAGCCUCAGCUAGCGUGGAAAGACACGGGCAAGGAAAUUUUAAAAGGAUUCUUGACUUUGUGGAAUGGACUGUACGGAAAUUUUCCAUUUCACCAACCAAAACGCGCGUUGGUUUGGUAACCUACGGUGCCAAAACUGAUUUAGUAUUUGAUUUUCAGAGGUAAAUAUUAAUUUAUUAAAUAAAAAUUGUUUGGGUUUAGUUCAAUCUUUGUUCCCAAUUGGUAACUCAGCUACAAAUUCUUAUCUGGCACGAAAAGGCAUAUUUAAUUUUUGCGGUAUGAUGGGUAAUAAACACAUCUGUUCGCCUCCAACCGAUAUAUUAAAAGUCGGUACUAAUCGGGUAGACUUGCUUCCAGUCGACCUCAAGAGUUCUUUGCAAGCGAAGCGAGCUUUUGAGGCCGCGAAGCGACGAAGUCACGAGAGGUCUUCGUCCCGCGCCAUAUUAAAUCGGACGAAGGACUUUUAUGAAAGUCUACCAAUCGGGCCAAGUUCCCUCCACUUCAUAUCAGUAGCAAAAAGGUUCUAUAAACCCACGUUAGAUACCCUUUAUUUACAGAUUAAUGAAAAAACUGAGAGGGAGGCAGCGUGUCUGAGCGUUGGACUCGCAAUCCGGAGGUCACGAGUUCCUGCAGUCCUGCGCAUGUUCGUCUGAUCAAUAGGUGGAUUCUGGCGGAGAUUUGUCUCUUUUGGCAUUUUAUACAAAAGCAUUUAUCGAUAACAUUUACCAUUCACAUGGCAAUAAGUGUACUUCAGGGCUAGGUACAGCUCUUUGCAUGGAUUUACAAUUACACCACUUAACUCAAGUAAAAAUAUACUCUGAAGGUGGUUGGUGUACUCAUAUUUGGCGGCUUUGUAUCGUAUUUUCAGCCCACAGAGGAAAUCUGCUAUUGUGCGCGCUCUGCGGAAAGCUUCAAAGCAAAGUUUAACGAGCUCUAAUACUGGUUAUGCUCUCAGUAUGGCAGGAUACUAUUUAUUUGGCAGGAAAACGUCGAGUCUGGUUUCUCGUAAGGAUGUGCCUAAAAUUCUGAUUGUAAUCACCGAUGGAAGGUGGGUCUCAUAUAUCGUAGUUACUUUCUGUAUUUCGUUGUUUAAUAACUAGAAUUGCAUUUACAUGCACGCGCAUUUAUUUGAUGCAUUUACUCGGUUGCGUCGAUUGGCCUUGACAUCGAAAAGUACCUACAUCUACAGCUCGAAACAGAACUAAUUAGAAGAGCCUAAGAUAAGUUGAAAGGAAGCUAAUGUAUCAGAAAAAGAUCGUGUCUAACUAAUAAACCAUUGUAUGGGAUAUGUUCAAAUAACGAAUAUUUGCCUUCAUUGCAUGACCUGCAGAAUUUAAAAGAACUUUUACCUUGAAACGAGGUAUAGAAACCUAAUCGUUAUGAAGACAAAAGAAUAACAAAUCAAAAUCUGCCACCAUUUUGGAAUAAGGUCUAUUCUCUUUAUCGCUAAACUAGUCCAUUGCUUUGCAUCUUAGAUCUACCGACAGCGUGACUAAGCCUGCGUUCAAAAUUAAACGAUAUGGCGUACGGAUUUACAGCGUCGGGGUUGGACGUUACUUUGAUAUCAGACAGUUAGAGACCAUGGCUUCGAGACCAGUCAGCGACAAUGUGUUUAUUGGUCCGUUUAACAAGUUACAGUAUAUCAGAGAUGGCUUAGUAAGAAGUGUAUGCUAUGGUAGGUAUGCAUGUAUCUAAACUGUGUAUUUUUUAAAAAAUAUGGUAAUGAUUCGAAAAACCGACUGUUGUAGUCCACACAAACUGGGGGCACUUUGGGGAUAUAUUCGCCUGUUACCUUUAGAACACCAAGCAACGGCUAGCUCAUACACUUACAUUAUAAAAUUGUACCUAUAAAAAGCGGAAAAUUUAGCUCGGGACCUGAAACUUGAUGGAUUCUCUCACGGUGUUCUAGCAAGGCAAGCUGUAGCUAUAAACGAUGAAGUUGCUGGAUACAACGUGAAAACUAACAAAACCACGACAACGUACGCAACCAUCGGAAGACUAUCACACCAAUGUAAAGAAACACUUCUCCCAGAUUGAUUAGUCUCUGUGUGACUGGCCCCCACAACAAUCGUUUCACAAUUUUGCUGAAUUUAAGAGGAUGAUUACUGAACAACCACAGAAGACGCUGCAGUUUUAGAUUAUUUUGUAGCUUUCCGUCUUCUUGAUAAGUAUUUGGGUUCAAUUUUGCAAUGACCUUUAUGGAAAUACAUGCAGGUCCUCUUUAAGCAACACCUAGUCGCUUUCAUAAUUUUUGGUUUUUAUUUUCUUAAUGUGCAUUUGCAGGAGUCGGUGGGUUUUUAAAUAAACCUGGAAAUAGACAAUGCCUCUGCAAACAUGGAAGUAAACGGCCCAGUUAG